AUGGCCAUUCUCAAUAAUGACGUUGUGCUUCUGAUUGAAGAUCACCUCAGCUACCAACCAGAUAAGUUCAGCAUGAUGCGAGUGUGCCGCCAAUGGUACGCACUGCUUUUGCCUCGACUCUUCGCGAAGCGCAUGUGGGUUUGGGGAUAUAUGAUCUACCCUCUCGUUCGAUGCAUUCAGAUAAACUCCAACAUCGGGGCUGCAAUUCAGAAUCUGAAAGUGCGAUUGGAUUUUGAACCAGAGGAACAGCGGCCAGAGCCAAAGUACGAUGUGAGAAUGGUGAGAGACGCCGUUGAGCGAGCUUGCGAAUCACGUGCAGAACAGACAAAAUGGAACCGUGGGCUGAGAAUGGGGGACAAAGAUGCGUGGCUUGCGGUGCUGUUACAGUAUCUUGAAGGUAUCACCGUUCUUCGCCUUUCGUACUCAGACAAAUCGGAUUAUUUUAUCCCAAUGCUGAGGAGAGUGGCCAUUCGGGCCGCGCCGUUCAACACGAAACCGGUCCUUCAGAGGCUCGAGAAAGUGACUGUGUCAACAGACGAAGAAAAAAUACACUUGCUAGCUUCAGAUUUCCUCCCGUUGCUCAGUUUGCCGGCCAUGCGGGUGUUCAAUGCCGACGGGCUGUACGAGAAGUAUGAGGACAAUUCACUCUAUCCCAAGCCGAGUCCCGGUAUAUCGGGGAUCCGGGAGAUGAAUCUGGGACGCGUCUGUAUAGGGUCCAAUGGCAUUAAGGGAAUGGCCGACUAUAUUACCGCCUGUGCAAACCUGGAGAUCCUCGAAUAUCAGCACUGCACCGACACUCCUUCACGUUAUGUAUCGCUUAGUUUUCAUUCCGGCGCGUUCUACAACGCGCUCGUUACUAAGAAGAAUAGCCUACGCGUGCUCCGACUGAAUGAUAGUGGACAAAGCUUGGCCUGGGGAUGCGAUGACGAGUUUGAAAAUGAAGAAUUCAAUCAGUUUGGAUCGCUUUUCGAGUUCCACCACCUCCGCGAACUCCGAAUUUCAGUGCGCACACUCCUUCAAUUCGGUCACGGUCACCGGCCCACAGUCUCUCUCUCCACCGUUCUCCCAUCGAGCCUCGAGUGUCUCUACCUGUCCCACUAUUGGGAGGAGGAUUUUGAUAUUGUGGUGGCAAACUUGACAAGCGUGGCCACGCAACGAGCAGAGAGGUUCUCGAACCUCACGAAAGUCCGUAUCCAGUCGUCCGAUGUGGAGAGGGUUCCCAGAUCAGAAGGCGGGUGGAAGCUUGAACUACCUGAGUCCAUCCAUCGGGUCUUUGCACCCCUCGCUGAAGUCUUCCUUGAAGCGGGGAUUGACUUUGGUCUCUGCAAACCAGAAUGGGCAGCAGGCAGGAUAGCAUGA